AUGCCAGCAGCUUCCCUUACCGCCAGGUGCAUCAAUGGCACCAUCUGCAGGCCAUUCUCAACACACUCUACUAACCAGACUUUACGCACGGCUCUAUUCUUUCCUGGCCACGGAGUACAUCGAAUUGGCAUGAUAUCAUCAUGGGCCGAAGCAUUUCCUAAAACCUCCAAGUCCUUCAUUGACGAGAUGGACGCUACUCUCGGAUUGCCAUUAUCCAAAAUCAUCUCAGAUGGCCCGAAUUCAGAGUUGAACCGAACCGAAAAUUCGCAGCCGUCGAUCAUGGCUACAUCCAUACUUAUCCUGCGGAUCUUAGAACAGGAGUUCGGCUUUAAGACAACAGAACGUGUAGACGUGACACUGGGACACAGCCUCGGAGAAUAUUCUGCGCUCGUUGCUGGGGGUUACCUGGACUUUGCUGCCGCCCUGAAAAUGGUGAGGGGCCGAGCCGAAGUCAUGGCGCAAUGUAGCCGGAGAGCUCGCCAAAAGUCCGGGGAUAUGUAUGGCAUGGUCGCGUUAAUCUGCGAGCCGGAUCAUCUUCAAAGCCUUAUAUCAGCCAUACGGGAAUUUCUAGACCCUGGGUCCACGGGAUCAAGGGACGACUCCAGCAAUGAGAUGUCAUCUAUACAACAGGUUUUGAUUGCUAAUAUCAAUUCUAAAAACCAAAUAGUUCUGAGCGGGAGCAUUGAAAGGAUCAAGACGCUUCUGGUUCAACUGCGACAAUUUGGUGGUCACGAUCCACGAGCCGUGAGAUUGAAGAGCGAUAGUCCUUUCCACAGCCCCAUCAUGGCCCCUGCUGCUCAAUAUAUGCGAACGCAGUUGGACGCGACUGACAUUACAUUCCCGGCAACGAUGCCAUGCGUAUCUAACGUGUCGGCUAUGCCUUUCACAUCGAAGGAUGACCUCAAAGACCUUCUCUCCAGGCAGUGUGUCGAAACUGUGAGAUGGUGGGACAGCAUCAGAUAUUUAGAUCAGGAACGAGGUGUGAAGCGAUGGAUUGGUAUUGGACCUGGAAAGGUUGGAAGAAACCUAGUUGGGAAAGAAGUCGGUCGCAUCUCUUCUAAAGGAGGGGGGGUCUGGGGUCUAUCUGACCCAAGAGAAGUCGAGGAGAUCAUGAGAGCUCUCGAAAAGCCAGAGUAUGAAGAUGUAGACAAUGCUUGA